AGCUUCAAUUGCCCAAUCCAGAGGACAUGCCCGCCUCCUUCCUAAGACAACGGAAUAAACCAAACUGAUAGAAGAGGGGAGCAAAACUUACAGGUUGGUGAAUGUUGUGAAGCUGGUACUGCGACUGCGGACUGACUAGCAGCGCCCCGGUCUCCUGUGUGUUGGAACUGCUCAGUCAGUGCAUUGCAACUUCUGGAUCCCUUUUCCUGUGUGACUGGGCCGCUUUCCGCAGGUACUGACCUGUAAUAUUUGAAAGAUGGAAAAUUACAUCUUGUAUGAAGAAGUUGGGAAAGGAAGCAAGUCUGUUGUUUACAAGGGCAGAAGAAAAGGCACUAUUAACUUUGUCGCUAUACUUCGGGUUGAUAAAAGUAAAAGACCUGAAAUUACAAACUGGGUACGUCUGACACACAACAUUAGACAUAAGAAUGUGGUGACAUAUCAUGAAUGGUAUGAGACCAGUAACCAUGAGUGGCUUAUUGUGGAGCUGUGCACAGGAGGUUCCUUAGAAACAGUUAUUGCUCAAGAUGACCACCUGCCAGAAGAAACUGUGAGAGAUUUUGCUAUUGGUAUAGUUUCUGGACUGAACUAUAUACACAAACUUGGAAUUCUCUUUUGUGAUCUUACCCCUCGAAAGAUUCUUCUUGAUGGGCCUGGUACCUUAAAGCUGACAAACUUCAGUUUGUCAAAGGCAGAAGGGGAAAAUCUUGAAGAAUUUUUCGCUAUGAUUGGGUUAGAAGAGAGCCCCACAGAGAUUGGAGAAUCUACACCUCGAAAGAAACAAAGAAACAGAAAAAAAGGUUCUCCUGUUUAUGCUGCACCAGAAGUGAUAAAAGGAGCAGACUUUUCUAUUGCUAGUGAUAUCUGGUCCCUGGGCUGUAUUUUGUAUGAAAUGUUUUCAGGCCAACCUCCUUUCUUCUCCGAAAGCUUUUCUGAAUUAAUUGAAAAGAUCAUAAGUGAAGAUUUCCGCCCACCCCAAGGGCCAGCAGGCACCAAACCAUCAGAAGACUUCCUUGCAUUGCUCAAUAGCCUCCUUCAGAAGGAUCCCCAAAAACGAAUAACUUGGUCUGAAUUACUGCGGCAUCCGUUUUGGAGAGAUGCGUUCAGUGACAGUGACGCAGCUUGCCCAAAUGUCUCCAAUCAAAGGGUUAAGAAUGAAUCUUUUUUGAAAAGUGAUUCGAUAGAAGUGUCAGAAAUCAGUAUCGCUUCAGAAAGGACAUCUGGCAGUCUCCAAAAAUCAUUUAAAAUUGAAAAUCCAGCAGAUUUAAGGCCUAAAAGUGCAAUGAAUGAGGAAUCAAAUGAGAGUAUUUUUCUUCUGAGCUCCUGUAGUACUCUAAGGCCCGGAACUGCAACAGAGAAAAAUCCAGCAGAUAUUAUUAAUAUGCAGCACAAUAUAGAAAUGACCAAGGGGGAAGAGUUGUGUCCUCCACAAGACUUACAGAGUAAAAUUAAAGACCUUCUCUUUAUUGAUGCUGAUCUCAUUGUGACUCCUGUGAUAGAUAACCCAAAGAUUAUGAAACCUUUACCAUUGCGAUUUGAUGUGAAAACCCUAGGCUUGCCUGCACUCUCAGCUGAAAAACUUGUAUUGCUGAAAGAACAAGACUGGGAUAACUUCCUGACACAAAUCUGUUCCCUUAUGGACUCCGCAGAGAAGGCAGGGCCAAGAGUAAAGCUGAAUUUGCUUAGCUAUUUGUGCAGUGUUGCCAGCAAUAAAGAAACUUCUACCAGGCUGAUUAACUCACAAGCUUUUCCUUUGUUAAUACAGCACAUGAGAGGAGCACCAAACUGGGAUGUGCGUGCCAAACUGCUAAGGGUCUUAGGGCUGUUGGCUGCACAUGCAACAGAACUAAAUGAAAGUGUACCUGUAAUUGAGGCAAUAUCCUUACUUACUGAGAUGGUAAGAGACAAUUUUAGGAACAGCAAGUUGAAACAAUUGCUCCUGCCAGCACUUGGAGAACUGAUUUAUGCAGUUGCUGUACAAGAGGAAAAAAAGGAGCACUCCAGAGAAAGCUGGAACAUUCCCCUGGCUGCCUACACUGUGCUAAUGAGGUGCCUAAGGGAAGAGGAGGAGCCGGUCAUACAUCAUAUGACUUCAAAAAUUAUUGAAAAUGUCUGUACAACAAAAACAUCUCAAGUCCAAGGGUUCAUCACCGGAGAUAUUGGGCCCUCACUUUGGUCUCUCUUCAACCAUUCCACAGUUGAUUCCCUGAGGAUUAGUGCAAUCUCGGCUUUGUGUAGGAUUACCCGACACUCGCCUGCUGCCUUUCAAAGUGUCAUUGAGAAAGUGGGACUUGGAUCAGUGAUAAGCGCCUUAGUGACAGGGAUAGCCAAGGUUCAACAGUACAUGCUGACCAUGUUUUCCACAUUGCUGUCAUCUGGAAUUCACCUUCAAAGGCUUACUCAGGAAAAGGAAUUUGUUACAAAGAUAGUUCGGCUAUUGGAAAGCCCAUCAACAGGAGUUAGAGCAAAAACCUUCCUGCUUAUCUUACAAGUGUUAAUGAAUAACAAAGAGAUGCUGCUGCUUUGCUGUCAAACAAGGCUUGUUAUGUACAUUGAAAGAGAUAGUCGAAAAGCCACACCAGGAAAAGAACAGCAAAGCAUGAAUGAAUAUCUGUCAGGAUGUCUAAACCUUCUCAUCUAUCACAUUGUGGGGGUGCUGCCUGGAAUUCUUGGAGAAAUUAUUACUGCCUUAUCAAAUGUGUCUGGGAGAAAGCAUCCAUCUGCCACUCAAACUAAACAUUUGAAAAUGUGCAUUCCAAAUAUGACCAUAGUGCUCCACCUUGUUACAUCUCAGAUAUUUCGCCCCCAGAUUCUAACAGAAGAUUUUCUCUACAAAUUUAGUAAUUUACUAGACCAAAUUAAAUCCGUAGACACUGGUGAGACUAAUUUGGAAGGAGCUGUUGGUCAAGCUGCAUCAGAUGAACUGAUCAGGACAGCUCUGUCAGUGAUUGAAGCAGUAACACAACAUCCAGCCCUGCUGACACUUCACCACUCCCCAGUUGUGGACGGCAUCCUCCCACCUUUAGUCUCACUGGUACGCAGCCAAAAUGCGGAAUGGAGACUCUUCAGCUUGCGGCUGCUUGCAGAGACCACAUCACUCCUUGUAAAUCAUGAAGAUGUGGGUGAAGGGAGAGAGAAGAGCCUUCAGUCAAAUAGCACAUUUCUGUCUUUGGUCAGAGAUACAUUACUGCCAAAGUAUGACCAAAUCCUUUUGGAAUCAGAUCCCAUACCAGUGUAUGCUUUAAAACUCUUGGUGCCCCUAACUGAAUACAGUUCAGAUUUUAUCAGGCUAAUUGAAGAAAACAAGCUUGUACCUGUUCUCUUCCAGGUCAUUUUGGAACAUCAAGACAAUGUAAUAGGUAAUGUGAUUCAGAGUGCGAUUUUGUUACUGUACAACAUGGUUGCCAGAAAAGAGACAAACAUGAAGCUCCUUUAUGAACAAGGACUUGUCCACCAUAUAUCAAAUAUGAUUGUAGAGACUGCAGCUUUAUACCUUGAUGUGGAUGAUAAAAGCCGGCUCAAAACUACUAAUGCACAGCUCGUCUUGCUACUUGACAUCUUGCACUGCAUGCUAAAAUACACUACUGAUGUUGUACGGCUAGUUAUGCAGGCUCAAAGGUCCGGACAAGGAGGGGACCCCCAGACUGCAGAGGACCUUCUACUUGUCAACCAGCCCCUGACAGAUUUAAUGAGCCUGCUCAUUCAGCUGCUGCCAUCUGAAGAUCUAGAUAUAUAUGAAAACACUUCCCAAUGCUUGAAACUGAUGGUGCAGCUUUAUGGAGGAGACAACCAGGACAGUAUGUCCCCAGAUAAUAUGGAGAGCUUUGCUCAAGUUCUGCUAUCCAAGAGAGAGCCUACACAGCAAAAACUACUAUUAAGGGUCAUUAAAAGACUGAUAACAUCAAAUGAGAAACAUUUAGAAAGUAUGAAAGGUGAAGGGGAUUUUCUUAUACAAACAAUAAAGAGGCUGGCUCAGGAUGCCAGUUUGAAUGCUGAUGUUGCGGUGGCAUCGCUAGCUCUCGAGGUUCUGCGCACAGUUGGACACUGACAGAGGCUUUAGUCACUAAAUUCUUACUGUACAUUGUGUGAAUUUCCUUUUCUUAGCAAUUUUUUCAGGCACUGCAAUUGUUUUAAUGUGUUUAUAGAAAUACAGUAUAUUUUAAUAAAGUUUCAUAUGAGCAAUC